CGGGUCACAUGAUGCCUGUCAUGGCCGCCUCCGUGACCUGGGGAGGCGUGAAUGCUGGGUUCCUGCUGCGGGCGGCCAGGGGUGCCCGGUGGUGCCGACCCGGGGGCUUUUGGGGGUCCGGGGAGGCGGCGGCUCCUGCGACAGCCAAGAAGUUCCGAGCGACAGGCUCGCGCCCGGCGGUGGAGGAAGAAGCCGGCGGCCCCGAGCGGCCCGGGGACGUGGUGAACGUGGUGUUCGUAGACCGGUCAGGCCAACGGAUUCCGGUGAGCGGCAGAGUCGGGGACAAUGUUCUCUACCUGGCCCAGCGCCAUGGGGUGGAUCUGGAAGGAGCCUGUGAAGCCUCCCUGGCGUGCUCCACCUGCCACGUGUAUGUGAGCGAGGACCAGCUGGACCUUCUGCCUCCUCCUGACGAGAGGGAGGACGACAUGCUGGACAUGGCCCCCCUCCUCCAAGAGAACUCCCGGCUGGGCUGCCAGAUUGUGCUGACACCUGAGUUGGAAGGGACUGAAUUCACCCUGCCCAAGAUCACCAGGAACUUCUACGUGGACGGCCACGUCCCCAAGCCCCACUGACACAGGCAGCUGGAUGGUCCCAGACACUCACGGCCCCAGGGCCAAGACUGGAGGAAUAGCCAAGUUGCCAGCCCCGCCCAGAGCACGGGACAGACCCGGGAGAGAUGGCGGAAGCAACCGGAAGGCCAGAACCCCUGCUUCAGAGAGAUCCCACGUCCAGGCUCUGGUGGGGACAGGGCCCCUGUUGGGGCAGCCUCCCCCAAACCCCUGAGAAUGGGGGUGUGGAUAAAGGGUGGAAUCCAAUCAGAGAGAUAAUAAAACCGUCUCACA